UUCGAUCUGUACAGAGAGCUCAACCAUCCUGCCGACAAACAUGGUGGUCCAUCCAAUUUCAACGUAACCUCCCUUGCUUGGAAUAAUAUUACUUUAGAUCAGUUCUUUUGGUACAAAAGAGGAUAUAUUAUUGAACAAGAUCUAGUUUCGGGCCAAGAAUCACUUAAGGGGAGUGAUCCUGGACAGGAAAUGGACGAAGAGAAUCAGCGUAUUAUGUUGGCUAUUUCAGACAAUGAUGAAAAGAAGAUCAUUCGUAGGGAAGUUGAAAAGAAAAGGAGGACAAAAAUGUCUGCUCUAGGUUCAUCUCUCCGCUCUUCACUCCCUCUUGAACUCAUCAAGGGAAAGCGUUCGGCAUCAGAUCAAAUAGGAGUGGCUGUAAAUUAUAUACAAAGUUUAAAGCAGAACAUUAGUGCUCUCCAAGUUAAGAGAGAUAGCCUCAACCAGAUGAUUCAAACUGAAACUAAACAAGAUCAUUCAGGUGAAGUAGUGAAGAGUGUCAACAUCAAUCUCAUUCCAGGGGGAGUGGAAAUUUCCAUAUGUAGCGGUUUCGAGGAGGGAAGUUCACUCUCUGAAUUAAUGGAAAUACUGCUUCAAGAAGGAUGUGAUGUUGUUACCAGUGUUUCCAACCAUGCUAAUGGAAGGGUAUUUCAUACUAUUAACUCUCAGGUGGAGGACAUGACACGCCUUGAUGUUGCUAAGCUGCAACACAAACUGGAUCAUGCAAUCUUAUUGCCAAGGACAACUAUUCAGUUUGCCUUUGUUCAUUUGAAUUUCUGCUUGUCCUUAAUCUUCCUAUUUCUUUACCCUAACGCUCCUGUUUUCAAUCUCACCUACAUAGUUGAAAGGUAA